GAAGAUAAUAACGAUAACGAGUCUUCUGACGAUGAAGUUGAUCUUGACGAGGAUUAUGAUCUCGUCAAUGAUCCAGCUUUCAAUCCGGUCAAUAUUUUCGGAGACGACGACGAUUUUCAACAAGCUAGUGAUGAAGAAGAUUUAUUCGACGAGCCCGCAGCUUUUGAUGAGCAUUCUGCGAUUAGGAACGCCUAUGUGCGUGCAUAUGUCGCUACAGCAUUCAAGGGCGCAACGCACGAAGUCGCUCGCAUCAUUUCAGACGGCGCUGCUCGAGCACUUUCAUCUGCUCGCAAUCAAGCACCACAUAUCGUGUUUGAGGGUCUUGACGACAUGGCAAGAACAUUACCGACUAUCGAAAGACGUCUCGGCGUUAAUCUCGAUCUACUCAUCACCUAUCUAUUUUUAUGUCCGACUUGCUGGAAGGUUCACGAGUCGUCGACACUUUACGACGAGGAUCUUCAUGAACAAUGUGACGAAGAUGAGUGUGAGGGCAUACUUUAUACAACGAAACGUCUUGCCAACGGGAAGCACAAGCGGAAGCCGACCAAAGUCCUUCCAUAUGCAUCACCGCAUCGGGCCAUCCAGCACUGGCUUCUUCGACCUGGCAAAUACCAGCAGCUACAGGAAUGGAGGAAGGGGGGUGACGAACCGAGACAAGUGCCGCCAGUGCUUGAGGGGGGUAUGGACGCUUUUCAGGACUCUUCGAGGCCGAUGCAAGACAUACACGAUGCACUAGGUUGGCGUUCAAUUCAA